AUACAAAUGUCACUGCUUCGAAACCUCUUCUCCUUCUCCAUCUCUACAAAUUCAAUUCUCACAAAACCCUAUUUCGCAAUCUCAACCAAAGCCAUGGAAGCUACCUCUGAACUCAAUCUCCAUUACCCAAAACCCAUAUCUCCCCCUCCACCUCCAAUCUCCAAAGACAUUGAACUCAGAAGAGCAAUGGAAGCUUCAUCGAAAUCAAGUCUCUUCAAUCUCACAAGAGACCAUGUAUUAUACGAAGACGAAUACCUAAUGGCUGUGAAUAAACCAAAAGGUGUUUAUUGUGAAGCUGUUCUUCGCUCUGCUCCUCAAAUUGUUCUUGAUUCUUCGAGUGAGUUUCAUUUAGCGAAUAGGUUAGAUCGUGAUACUAGUGGUGUGAUGAUUAUUACUAAGUCACAUAAAGUCGCUGCUAAGCUUGUUAAGGCUUUCACAGAACAUAAGAUUCGUAAAUCAUACAUUGCUCUUUGUAUUGGUUCAUCUCCAAAUUGGAGGAAGAUUACGGUUAGUUCAGGUCAUGGACGGUCGAAACACGGAGCGUGGCGUGUUUACGCUGCGUUGGAUGUUGGUAGAGUUUUACCUGGUGGUUCUUUUGUUAGAGAUAUGGAGACGACGUUUGAAGUUGUAUCGGUAAACGGUGUGGAAACCGAAUCUUGUGAAGUGGAAAAUGUGAUUGUUGUUGAACGGGAGCAAGAAUUGAGUUGUGCUGGAGAUGAUGUUGUUGUGGUUAGGGCGUUUCCGCGAAGUGGGAGGACGCAUCAGAUUAGGUUACAUUGUCAGUAUCUUGGGAUUUCGAUUCGAGGAGAUGUGAAGUAUCAUGGAAUGUAUGAGUGGAGAGGAAGAACAUUUGAGGGGCAUGAGCUUCAUGCUGAGUGUUUGUCGUUGGAUCAUCCUGUUACGGAUGAUCCUAUUGUUAUUCGAGCUCCUCUUCCGUGCUGGGCCACCAGAGAUGAAAGUUGUAACGGUUGAUGGUUAGUUUUCAAUGGAUAGUGUUAAGAUCUUGACAUUGGUUGAUUUGUGUUUUUCGGAAUCUCAUUUCUUUGGAAAGUAAAGCUAGGCGCAAGACAUGAAAUUUAAAAAUUCAUUUCUUCAAUGUCAAAGAUGGAAGAUUGUAAUUGAAAAGUCGCGGUGGAAUCUGUGUAGUUCAAUUAAGAACAUUAGAAAGAAGGAAGUACAUUGAAUACAAUCCUAUGUUUCCUUUUG